AGUCAAUGUCUGUGAUAGAACUGUAAGAAAUGGGCUGAAUGAAAUGUGAUUUAGACAGAAAGCCAAAAGAAAACCAGCACUAACACCUAAACAGAAGAAAACAAGAUUACAGUGGGCUAAAGAGACGCAAUCAUGGAGUGUGGAUGAUUGGAUGAAAGUGAUAUUCAGUGAUGAAUCCUGAAUCUGCAUUGACAAAGGACAUGAUGCUGGAACUUUUGUCUGGUGCCAUUUUAAUGAAACAUAUGAAGAUGACUCCCUGAAGAUAACAAUCAAAUUUCCCCACUCAUAUCAGGUAAAGGACCAGGAGUGACCUCAACAAUCAAUGCAAAGCUGUACACUGAAAUUUUGGACACUUUUCUCCUUUCAUCAAUAGAAAAUAGAUUUGGUGAUGAUGAAGUCAUUUUUCAGGAUGAUAAUGCAUCUUGCCACAGAGCAAAGAAUGUUGAAGCUUUUAUUCAGGAAAGGCAUAUCAACUCAGUCCGGAUCUCAAUCUGAUUCAAAUUUAUGGUGGAAAUUUACAAAAUUGGUCCAUGACAAGGCUCCAUCCUGCAAAGCUGAUCUGUCAACCGCUAUUCUAGAAAGUUGGAACCUGCUUGAUGGAGAACUUUUUUUUUUUUUUAAUUCUAUUCCUAUUUAAUGUGUAUUCUUACCUGUUUUUGUGUAAUUAAGUUGCUGUAACGAGGGAAUUUCCCCAGUCUGGGAACAAUAAAGUUUUUAUCUUAUCUUAUCUUAUCUUCAUUAGUGAAGUUUACACCUCAAAGAAUUGAAAGAUGAAGCAAGGGUUAAAUCCCACUCUCAGCACUAUCAGCAGGUAUUCCAACAGCAUUGUGGGUAAUGUAGGAACUUGUUACCCAAAGUUUCAAUUGAAAAAUGUCAGCUCAAACUUUCAGUACAAAAUAUAUCUUUGGACGGCACUGAAAAGGUUACAUGUUACUGAUAAAGCCUAAUAGGUAAGUCGUUGAGGAAGGAUUUUUUCCUUCAAAGCUCAGCAGACAGAGCUGAUUCACCACGCUCUGUUUUAGCUAAAGGGGAUGAAAGCAGGAGGAAAAACACGAAGCCAAACGAAUGACCAGUCUGAGAGCUCACGUCAGCACAGCUGUGUGUGUGUGUGUGUGUGUGUGUGUGGCACUGAAGAGAGCGGCUGAUGGAAGAAACACCCGCGCGCACAGAGCACCAUGGAGUUUAGUUACAACAGAGAAUGAUUGUUGAAUUUUGAUGUCUCGAUGCGUCUCUCGCGGGAUUUCAGUGAUGAGGUGGCUCCUGUCGUGGAUCCUGCUGGUAACCGGUGGACUUCAUCUGUGUGAUCCUGAUAUAGUAGGCAUAUGAUGUCUGUGAACAUAUUAUCAUCUGGAAAUGUUUCAAAAUGUUUAAGGAAAAAGUCAAAAGCAGUGAGUCUAGCCUAUCAAAGAAAUCUGUUUUAUCCCAAAGUCCCACAGUCAUUUCAGUUGUGAACACAGACCUGGACCUGUUUAACAGGACACAGUACUGUAAGUGGCCCUGUAAAUGUUCUAAGCUGACCCCUGUGUGCCCUCUGGGGGUCAGUCUGCUCACAGAUGGCUGUGACUGCUGUAAGGCCUGUGCUAAACAGCUGGGAGAAACCUGCAACGAGAGAGACACAUGUGACUACCAUAAGGGGCUGUACUGUGACUACAGUGCUGACAAGCCUAGGUACGAAAAAGGCGUGUGUGCAUAUCUGGUCGGGACAGGCUGUGAGUAUAAUGGUGUGAUCUACCGUAAUGGUCAGAGCUUUCAGCCUAGCUGUAAGUACCGCUGCUUGUGUGUAAAUGGGGCAAUCGGGUGUGUGCCACUGUGUACUGACUCUCUGCCGCCUCGGGGGUGGUGUCAGUUACCCAAGCUGGUGAAGAUUCCAGGCCAUUGCUGUGAGAAGUGGUUCUGUAUUGAACCUCGAAAAACCCGCAGGACGAGCCCAAGACAUGCUGUGGAAGUGUCUCUAAGCACCAAUGAGAUCUGGCACAACAACUGCAUUACCCAGACUAGCCCUUGGAGUCCGUGCUCAAAGACCUGUGGGCGGGGUGUAUCCAUGCGACACUCCAAUGACAAUGCCCAGUGCAUGAUGGAGAGUGAAAGCCGGCUGUGUAAUCUCAGGCCCUGCGAUGUGGACAUAACCAAACAUUUUCGGCCGGGGAAGAAAUGCCUGAACAUCUAUCGUGAGCGUGAAUUUCAGAACUUCACCAUCUCCGGCUGCAUCAGUAAGAAGCCCUACUGGCCCAAAUACUGUGGAGUGUGUUCAGAUGAACGCUGCUGCAUCCCUUACAAGUCGAAGACUAUCGAGGUGGAGUUUGAGUGUCCCAAUGGAGCAGUGUUCACCUGGAAGUACAUGUGGAUCAACGCAUGCUUCUGCAACCUCUCCUGCAGAAACCCCAAUGAUAUCUUUACUGACCUGGUGCCUUACUAUGAGCACAAUGAGAUCAUGAACUGAGACUGAGAGGAGUGAUGACCACAGAUUUUCCACAAUCCCAGUGCUGGCUGACGGGAUCAGUGAUUAGAAGUCAUUUCAAGAGGUCAAAACCAGAAUCCUUUCACUCGUGUGUGUUCAGAUAAUACAUAUAUAGAGUUAAAGCACAUUCUGGGUGGGUAUUAAUUUGCCACAUUCAAAUUCUGUGUGUUAGAGGAAAUAAGAAACACCUGGUAUGCACGGUAUUUCAGUUUGCGUCAGCAAAACCACAUUCUACGGUGCAGGAAAGUAUUUCAAAUUUCCAAAAGACACACACUUCAGGAGGAUUUUAUCCCACUCAUUUGGAAUGUGGUUCGGUUGGAAAAUGUGUCCUUUGACAUUUUUCAACGUCUUAAAUCACAGAGGAGCCACAGGGCUUAUGUAAUGGAAAUGCUCUACAAAAUGAAUUCAUAUGAGGUUUUUAUAUUCCUUACAUGAAAAUAUAAUAUUUUGAAACAGUCACAGGUUUUAAGCACACAUUUGUUUUUUUAAAAUGAAGAAAUAGGUGGUUUGUUUGUACAAAAUUUGUAAAUUGUGAUUUUAAUGUUGUUUAUAUCGAGUAGCACUUUCUAAUGGAUUAUAUUUGAAGAACUUAUUCAGACCUGAAAUGUCUUUAAUAUUUGUACGUUUUACAGCAAGGCCAAGUAUAUGUAUUCCCACAUAUGUCACUAUGUUAAAUAUACAAUUAGCUGUCCAAUUAACUUAUUUUCUAUAUUCAAAAUCAAGAAGUAUGUGAGACAAAUAUGAUAAUAUCCACUGAUUAAAGAGGAUGAACAGCAAAAACA